CUGGCACACCUGUACUCGAAAAUUUCCGGCUGUCAUGUGGCUAUUACAUAGUCAUAAUAAUCUAUAUUGUGCAUAUGAGACACCAAGGAAAAGUGUUAUAGUAUUUUACUGUAAUGGCAAGUAACGCACUUGUUGGUGAAAUACAAGAAACUUUCUUAUCGUGUCCGAUAUGUUUACAGACAUUUACAAAGCCAAAGGCGCUGUCGUGUUUACAUUCAUUUUGUGAAGAUUGUAUCCGGGAUUAUAUAGUUAGUCGCUAUGAAAAUCUUGGUCAUUUUCCUUGUCCAGUUUGCAGACAGAUCAUAUAUGUCCCUCAAAAUGGAAUAAGUGGAUUUCCUGACAAUUAUUUCAUCAAAAGUUUACAAGACACAGUAGAAUCUAGCGGCGGAGAAAUUAGUGCCAAAGAACUUUCUGGUAGUUAUGGUAGGAAUAGUAUUAACUGUACUGAACUAACAUCAGUUCUGCAGCCGGGUAAAGGACGUGUAGUAUUUACAAACCACAAAAACGCGAGACUGUUGAUUCAGUUCGGACAUUUCGGUGUUGGACAACAAGGUUUAGUUCAUGUUUCAGGACUUACUAUCUCCAAGGUAACAGACGACAUUGUUAUUGCAGACUGUAGUUUAAACAAAGUUUUGGUUUACUCUCUACGAGGCGAAUUUAGAUGUGAAUUUGUUUGCGAUUGUUCGAUACGUGACGCCACAUUAACAAGAGCAGGCACUGUUCUUUUGUCUGUUAGUCGUGCUGGGUCUAAUAACAUCCGAGAAUACGGGUUAGAUGGGCGACUCAUUGGUUCUUUCGGAUCUUUCUAUAAAUAUGAUAACCCUUUUGGUAUUACAGUAACGAGACAAGAUAAAAUUAUUGUGACAAGUUUACAACAAAACAACGUUCAAUUUUUUACCGAAAGGAAACAACCGUCUUUCAAAUUUGGGUCACGUGGUAGUGGCCUCAAUCACUUUCUUUUACCAUACUACGUUUGCACAAAUAGUAAAAAUAACGUCAUCGUAUCUGACAGUGGGAACCACAGAGUAAAAGUUCAUAAAAACGAUGGAACAAUUCUUCUGACAAUAGGAAAUCAAGGUUCUGAAAAUGGCGAACUAUUUUACCCAAUGGGCGUUUGCGUCGAUGACAAUGACAACAUUUACGUUGCAGAUGCCAAUAAUUUCCGUGUACAGAUGUUCUCACCAGAGGGAGACUUCAUCACAUGUCCAGUCAGUAAUACCUAUGAAUUUGGAAUGGACGUGAAACCAACGAAUAUUGGAAUACACCACGAAAAACUAGUUGUUGCUAUGCGUGGUACGAAAUUUUCUCAAAUUCAUGUCUAUGACUGGGACACCAAAGCAUAUAAUGGGAUCCCCAAAAAAUCAUCAUCUAUUACAUUUUCUUGUUGCCCGUGUUUUAAAAGUUCUGGGUAUACAUAUGAAGAGAUAUAAAUAAUGAAUUAUGUAAGAGCUGAACGAAAUCAAGAUAAAAUGUUUAAGUUAUCACAAAACUAGUCAGUCACUAUCAAAUGAAAUAAAUGGGCAUUGAUAUUAUAUUAACAUAAUUUUAUACAGAUUUGUAUACAAUUUAUAAAUUUGUAACAGCUGUGAUAUUAAUAUAACUGUUUUAUUAGGUUCGAUGUUACAGAUAUAAAGAAAAUUAUUGUUAUUUAAAUAUUUUAUAUACAAAUUAUAUUGCUGUUAUAAUUUAUUGUUUAUGGGCAUUCCUGAAAACUCGUACAACAUUAUUUUUUACCAUUUUUCUUUCCGUGAUAUAUUUUAAGGAGCAAAGCAAUGUGAAUAUUCAUUAUACUCUUAGAUAUUGUAGCAUUUAACUAAGAUUCACUUAUAAUUUUAGGCAAAUGAAGGUCUAAUUUGUAUGAAGUUUGUAUUUGUAUUUCGGUUGAUAUUUUU